AUGCGCCGUUCAAGCACGGACGAGACCCCGUACCGGCGCAGUCCAUCCCUGGAGAGCAAGACUGGCUCACCUUCGUUUUGUUUUAGCGGGGAGCGUGAACGCCGCGGCGCACCCUUCGGAUUCAGUUUCCGCACUACCCCGGGAACAAAGACUGCCAAAGCGGGCUAUGCAACAGCUCAGGGCAGAAAGUAUGUGGUGUUUUACCUGGACCUCUCCUUCAUUUUUCUUCUAGAACUGCGCCGCUGCAGGAUGGCUGAGGGCUGCAUGAGGGCCCUGCGCUACGCCAUGGUCUUCUUUAACCUUCUUUUCUGGCUUGGAGGAUGUGGGAUUUUGGGAGUAGGAGUUUGGUUGUCAGUCACCCAGGGAAACUUUGCCACCCUCUCAACCUCCGUACCAUCUCUGUCGGCUGCCAAUCUUCUGAUCGCAGUGGGAGCCAUCAUCAUGGUGAUUGGCUGUCUGGGAUGUGUGGGAGCAGUCAAGGAGAGCAGGCCAUUACUGCUCAGUUUCUUCGUCCUGCUUCUCCUGAUUUUCCUGUUGGAGAUUCUCUUCAUCAUCCUCUUCUUCGCAUAUCAGGAUCAGAUUGACCAGUAUGCACAAAGUGAUCUAAAGAAAGGCCUGCAGCUCUUUGGCACUGAGGGAAAUAUUGGUCUGACCAAUGCCUGGAGCAUCGUCCAGACUGACUUUCGCUGCUGUGGAGUGACUAAUCACACAGACUGGUUUGAGGUUUACAACGCCACCCGGGUUCCUGACUCCUGCUGUCUGGAAUAUAGUGACAACUGUGGCCUGGAGAACCCAGGGACCUGGUGGACUGCUCCUUGUUAUGAGCGGGUGAAAGGCUGGCUGCAGGAGAACCUGGUGGCUCUGUGGAUUUUUGCACUCUGCACAGCUCUAACACAGAUUUUAGGUCUGGUCUUCUCCAUGACUAUGUUUUGUCAGGCUGUGAAAGUGGACACAUUCUACGCCUAGUGAACUGAGGAAAUGGAUUUGAAACAUCUUAACACAGUGGCAUUGAAGCACUGGACUGGUUCUUCUUUUUGUCUUUUUAUCUCAUUUUAAUGUUGAUAUGGCUGUCAUAUUUUUUCACACAAGCUCAAAGCUUUGCGGUUUCUUUUUUUUUCCCUGUCAAUACCCUGAGCUAUCCCUGUGUCAGCCAAAAGAUCAUAAGAAGAGAACAUUCUUUUGUGACCGAUAUAUGAGACAUUCUUAUUCUUGUGAGCAGAGCUUCUAUUGAGGGUCUAUAAAACUUGGAAGAUUUUCUAAGGACCUGCAGUUCCACAAAGGAAGUAAAUAAAUGAAGAAGCUGAGCAUA